AUGGCAUCAUAUCAUUGGGUUGGAGAAAAGGCAAUCCCUUUUUUAAAGAAAGAUCCAAACAUGGGAGCAAUAAAGUUGCAAAAUGAGUUGCAGGAGAAGUAUGUCACCACAAUUCAUUAUUCUACUAUAUAUGCCGGUAUGCAAAUUGCAUGUGAAAAUUUGUAUGGAACAUGGGAGGACAGUUUUGGGAAUUUGUUUAACUUUAAGGCAAUGGUUGAGCUUAAAUGCCACGGAGUGUGGCCAUAUUUAAGUGUAGAUGCAACAGCUCUUAAUGGUAGAUGGAAUGGACAACUAGCUUCAGCUACUGCAUUAGAUAGGCACAACUGGAUAUUUCCACUUGCUUUUGGGUUGUUUGAAAGUGAGACCAAUGAAGAAUGGAUUUGGUUUAUGGAGCAGCUAAAGAGGGCAAUUGGAAGUCCACCUCAUUUAGCUAUUUGCUCAGAUGCAUGCAAGGGGUUGGAGAAUGCUGUGAAGGCGGUGUUUCCAUGGGCAGAGCAUAGAGAGUGUUUUAUCCACUUGAUGAAAAAAUUUUCUAAGAGGUUUCAAGGUCCAAUUUUUGGACACAUGUAUCCUGCAGCUAGGACAUUUUGUCCAAUUUAUCAUGAAAAGCUAAUGCACAAGAUGUACGAAGCAAAUGAUAGGGUGCAACCAUUCUUAGAGACAUAUCACAACCUAUUUUGGAUAAGGAGCAAAUUUUCCGAAGACAUAAAAUGUGACUAUAUUACAAACAAUAUUGCAGAAGUAUGGAACAACUGGGUAAAGGACCUUAAGGACCUUCCAAUAGCCGAGCUAGUUGACAGUCUGAGAUCAAAGUUCAUGGAGCUCUAUGCAAGGAGGAGAGAUAUAGGUGAAAGAUUGGAAGGCCACACCAUGCUUCCAAUUGUUGUUCACCAUCUCAAUGUUCUUAGUAGACAAUUGGGCAACUUGAAGGUCAAAGUAGGUGGUAUGGGUGAGGCAGAGGUAACUGAGAUCACAGAUAGACACAAGGUACUUAGACAUGUUGUGAAUCUUGCACAACACACUUGCUCAUGCAAGGAGUGA